AUGCCUGCUGCCACCACCGAGGGGUACCGCCCCCAGCUCACCUUUGUCGAUGGCUCCUUUGAAGAGCUGGCCGGCGAGAUGGCCGACUACCUCAAGUCGGAAGAGUCCAAGAAGCUGAUCGCGUCGGGCGCCUCCCAGGACGACGUCCUCGCCAAGCUCGUGGCGUCGGCGCAGACCCUGACGGCGGUCCCCGAGAAGGAGUUCACGGCGGCGUCCAACCUCAUGAUCCACCUCGUCAUGCAGUCCCCCGAUCCCAAGAAGCACCUCCAGAAACUGUGCCAGGCCUUUGCCCGGCCCCUGCCCAGCUCACCCCAGCACGGCGCUGGCCUGACCCUGAACGCCCUAACCACCGUGUUCAACCUUCUCAGCCCCGAGGACCCGGUGCGGGCGAAUGUGUUCCAGGAGAUUCUCAAGUUCCUCAAGAGCAACAGCAUGUACGGCGCUCUGAAGCCGUACCUCGAACGUCUGCCCGAGUGGCUCGAGACGUGGGACAAGGACGAGGACUUUCAGCGCAAGGUGUACGAGGAGGUGGCCGACGUGGCCAUUGAGUCGGGUGAGGAGGAGGAGGGCUACAACUUCAUCCUCAAGGCGCUGCGGACGUUUGACGAGGACGAGAAGAGCGAGGUGACGUCGGAGGACGCGCAACGGUUAUCCCUGCGGGCCGUCAAGAUGGCGCUGCUGUCCAACACACACUUUCUGUUCCAGGACCUGCGUGCCAUCCCGAGCGUGCAGGCGCUGAGCGACUCGCACCCAGUGUACUCGCAGCUGCUGGACACGUUUGCCGAGCAGGACCUCGAGGACUACGACGACUUCAAAGACGAGCACGAGGGCUGGGUCGAGAAGGAGAAGCUGGACCACGACAAGCUGCACCGCAAGAUGCGCCUGCUCACGUUUGCCAGCCUGGCGGCCACGACGCCGAGCCGCGAGAUUGACUACGCCAAGAUCACCAAGGCGCUCCAGAUCCCCGAGGAGGACGUGGAGAUGUGGGCCAUUGACGUGAUCCGGGCCGGCCUCGUCGAGGGCAAGCUGUCGCAGCAGCGCCGCCUGUUCCUCGUGCACAAGGUGACGUACCGCGUCUUUGGCGACAAGCAGUACCGUGAGCUCGCGACGCGCGUGGACCACUGGCGCGCGACGCUGCAGAACGUGCUGGGCGUCAUCCAGCAGGAGCAGGUCAACGCCAAGGCGCAGAAGGAGCGCGAGGUGCAGGAGCUGGAGCGCAAGCUGACCGGUGUCGGCAUGGGUGGUGAGCGAGGAGGCGAUCGUGGUGCGGGCCGCCGGCAGCACAGGGAGCGGAACGACAAUGACGACUAA